AUGCGUCCUUCCAUAUCUUCUCUCCUUUCGGCACCACUGUUCUGUGCAGCGGUGCUCGCUGGCCAAACUACUGACGAUGUGUCAACACUCGCAAAUGAGGCUGCCAAAGCCAGCAAUCAAUCGCUGCUAUGGGGCCCUUACAAGCCGAACUUGUACUUUGGAGUUCGUCCUCGAAUUCCCAACAGCGUUUUCGCCGGCUUGAUGUGGGCGAAGGUCGACAACUAUGCCACCGCCCAAGAGAACUUUAGACAUACCUGCGAGCAAAAUGAAGGAAUGGCAGGCUAUGGCUGGGACGAGUACGACGUUCGAAAGGGCGGCCGGGAAACGAUCCACGACGCCGGAAACUCGCUCGACUUGAGUAUCGAUUUCGUCAAGGUCCCUGGCGGACAGCAUGGAGGCAGCUGGGCUGCACGCGUGAAGGGCGUUCCUCGCGAUGACGCUUUGCCCGACCAACCCACGACCGUGGUCUUCUACGCUAGUAUGGAGGGACUUGGUAGCUUAGGAGUUGCAACUGAGAGCGAUGACCCUAGAGGAUUUGAGGGCAACGUCAAACUGAAUGGAUACACGACUGAGCUUGGGGAUUUCUCAAUUGAUGUGACUACGGGCCCUCAGAGCAAUGAGCAUCCUGAGUUCGACCAUCCCUCGUAUGACGACAAGCCGUUGGACCGUACUAUCGUGUCGAGUUUCGCUGUGCCGCCGGAGCAUACUUGGCAGACCAAGGUGCUCCUGUUUUCGCAGAUGAAGAAAGCCGUUGACGAGACGGUUCAGAAAUAUGGCGCAGACAAUCCGCCUCCACCUGCCCAGGUCUUUACCAUCAACAACUCGCCCGGCGAGGGGAAUGUUCAGUUGGUGCAAAAGGUUUUCUCUGGCGCUUUCGAGGUAUGUCACGUAAUUGGUCUCGGUGGCAACCAAGCUUACAACGGGCAGUUUGACAUUCUAUUCUCUUCCGCUUCUUCGCCAGAACCUCUCACCUCUGAUGUUCUUACUACUGAAAUUGAGAGCACUUCGCUCUCCUUUUCCGAGAGGUUCAAGAAGAUACUCUCCCCGCAGGCGCCCUUUGACUCGGCAGACUACCUUAAGUUCUCCAAAUCCAUGCUCUCAAACCUCAUCGGCGGUAUCGGCUUUUUCCAUGGCACGGACAUUGUUGACCGCUCGGCUGCCCCAGAGUAUGAUGAGGAGAAUGAGGGCUUUUGGGAAGAAACAGAGGAAGCCAGAGGCCGGGCACAGCCUGUGCUUGAGGGACCAAAGGACCUAUUCACUUCGGUGCCCUCUCGUCCAUUCUUCCCCCGCGGCUUCCUCUGGGAUGAAGGUUUCCACUUGCUCCCAAUCCUAGACUGGGAUCCUGAUCUUGCACUUGAAAUCGUGAAGAGUUGGUUCAGCCUAAUGGAUGAAGAUGGAUGGAUUGCGCGCGAGCAGAUUCUGGGUAGUGAGGCCCGAAGCAAGGUCCCGCCUGAGUUCACGGUUCAAUACCCUCAUUAUGCCAACCCGCCGACUCUCUUCAUGGUCCUAGAAGCCUUUAUCGAUAAGCUCGAUGCGCAAGACAAGUCAGCUCAGAUCUACUCUGAGAACGAGGGCCUGCACUCUGUCUACGUAAAUCAGCCGAAGCUUGGAGAAGAUUUCAUCCGCUCGAUCUAUCCCCUCCUCAAAAGACACUACUUCUGGUACAGAUCUACUCAAUACGGUGACAUUAAGUCUUACGACCGUGAAGCAUUCUCAACUAAAGAAGCAUACCGCUGGCGCGGACGCUCCGUACAGCACAUCUUGACAUCCGGAUUGGAUGACUACCCCAGGGCACAGCCUCCCCACCCUGGUGAGCUUCACGUGGACCUCAUUAGCUGGAUGGGCAUGAUGACCCGGGCACUUCGCCGCAUUGCGGACACCCUCGGAGAGACUGAGGAUGUUGAGGAAUUUAAGACUUACGAAACCGCCAUCGAGCGGAACAUUGACGAUCUUCAUUGGGAUGAGGAUGCGAAGACUUACUGCGACGCCACAAUUGACGACUACGAAGAGUCGGUCCACGUCUGCCACAAGGGAUAUGUGUCGAUCGCGCCUUUCUUGACAGGCAUGGUGGGCCCUGACAGUACUCGCUUGGAGGCCACCCUGGACUUGAUCGAGGACCCGGAGGAGCUUUGGAGUGACUAUGGUAUCCGAAGUCUUAGUAAGAAGGAUGAGUACUAUGGCAGCGCUGAGAACUACUGGAGAAGUCCCGUGUGGAUCAACAUCAACUAUCUUGUGCUGAAGAAUCUUUACGACAUUGCCCUCGCAUUCGGUCCCCAGCAGGAUCGAGCCCGCGCUACAUAUUCCAGCCUCCGGAAGAACCUGGUGGAAAAUGUGUUCCGGGAGUGGAAAGACACCGGAUUCGCCUGGGAGCAGUACAACCCAGAGACAGGAAAGGGACAGCGGACACAACACUUCACUGGCUGGACCAGCUUGGUGGUCAAGAUGAUGGCCAUGCCUGACCUUCCCGCCAUCGAGAAGACCGGCCAUGACGAGCUUUGA